UGAUAAGCCAAUGAUAGUUGUUCUAAAAAUAUGCAGCAUCCUCCGCUAUUUCCUUCUCCAGUUCCCAGCCCUGAAAACAGUAGAAGAAACUGUGUCAUAGCUUUCACCACUCCUCAAAACUACGCACCAAGAUUGUCUGAGCUUAUACAUCUCAAAGGAUGGACACCCCUUUGGUGUCCUACCGUCAUUGUUGAAUCUACACAACAAACAAUCUCUUCCAUUCAUCACUACCUCAAUCCACAAGCUGGUAUCGAUGAACCCAAUUCGUUUCUUGAAGAAUUUUCAGCUCUAGCAUUCACUUCAAAAACUGGGAUUACUGCUUUUUCACAAGCUUUAUCUAUUAACCCCACACCCCCAUUAACCCCAAAUGGAGAAAUUCUCACAAUUGCUGCUUUGGGUAAUGAUGCUGAGCUUCUGGAUCGAGAAUUCAUUCGAAAAAUGUGUGAAAACCCUGAAAGAAUUCGAGUUUUGGUUCCUUCAAUUGCAACCCCAUCUGGGUUAGUGGAGGCAUUAGGUUUAGGCCAAGGGAGAAAAGUGUUGUGCCCUGUUCCGUUAGUGAUUGGGUUGAAUGAACCACCUGUUGUGCCGAAAUUCCUUGAGGAUUUAUCGAAAAGGGGAUGGAUUCCAGUGAGAUUAGACGCGUAUGAGACGCGAUGGGCAGGGGCGAAAUGCGCGGAGGAUGUGGUGAUAAAGAGUGAAGAGGAGUGUGGAUUUGAUGCAAUUGUGUUUACUAGUACUGGAGAAGUGGAGGGUUUGUUGAAGAGUUUGGAGGAAUUUGGAUUGGAUUGGUCAAUGGUGAGGAGGAGAUGUCCAAGAAUGGUGGCAGCAGCUCAUGGCCCUGUUACAGCUGCUGGUGCUGAGAGUUUGGGUGUUGGCAUUGAUGUGGUGAGUUCCAAUUUUGGUAGCUUUAAUGGUGUUGUUGAUGCACUAGCUCAUAAAUGGAAAUCAUUGGAAAAUCAAGAAUCUUGAAAUUUGGUUUU